AUGCUUCCCAUGGACUCCUGGCCACACUCUCCUCACAGUGUCCUGCUGACCCUGCUGCUGGGACUUACAGGAGCAGCUUUGCAGGAGCUGAAGGUGAUUCAGCCUGAGAAAUCAGUUUCUGUCCCUGCUGGAGAAUCAGCCACUAUGAACUGCACUGUGACCUCCCUGACCCCUGUGGGGCCCAUAAAGUGGUUCAGGGGUACAGGACAAAGUCGGCGCCUUAUAUAUAAUUACGCAGGAUAUAAAUUCCCCAGAGUCACAAAUCUCACAGAUGCAACAAAGAGAAACAACCUGGACUUUUCCAUCCGAAUCAGUAAUGUCACCCCUGCUGAUGUUGGCACCUACUACUGUGUGAAGUUCCAGCCUGACACAUCAGAGCUUGGGAAAGAGCUUCAGUCUGGGGGAGGCAUCGUGUUGUAUGUGCUUGAAUUGAAGACUUCAGAUUCUGGUAAAGUCCUUGUAGCUGUGCUCUUUGGACCCAAACUGCUGCUGGUAAUUGGAGUGUUUGCUGUGUACAGGUUCAAGAAGCAGAAGGCCUGA